ACCAUGCACAAAGCUAACGGCCACGGUACCCCAAGAAAGAGAGACCGUCUGCCUAUACCUCUCUCCAAACAUGUGUAAGGUGGCCUGCAUUGGUACUUCCAGGGCUCUUGUGGUCACACUCCUGGUGGGGAUUCUCAUGUCGGUCACCGCGCCUCGAGCCGAGGCAGCUCGUGCAUUCUUCGUGUUCGGGGAUUCGCUCGUGGAUAGCGGCAACAACAACUAUUUGGCCACCACCGCCCGCGCCGACUCUCCACCGUACGGCAUCGACUACCCGACUCACAGGCCCACGGGGCGGUUCUCGAAUGGCUUCAACAUCCCGGACAUUAUCAGUGAGAAAAUUGGAUCAGAACCCACAUUGCCGUACCUAAGCCCGGAACUGACCGGACAAAGGCUACUUGUUGGCGCCAAUUUCGCUUCGGCCGGGAUCGGAAUCCUCAACGACACCGGAAUUCAGUUUGUAAACAUCAUACGAAUCGCCAGGCAAUUGCAAUUAUUUCAGCAGUAUCAGCAGAGGUUAGGUGCGCUCAUCGGCCCGGCUCAGGCACGGCAGCGAGUGAACCAAGCCCUCGUCCUCAUCACUCUCGGCGGCAACGACUGGGUCAAUAACUACUUCUUGACCCCCAUAUCCGCGAGAUCGCGCCAAUUCACCAUCCCGGAGUACUCCCGAUAUAUCAUCUCCGAGUACCAGAAAGUUCUCAGGAGGCUUUACGAGUUAGGGGCUCGGAGGGUUUUGGUCACCGGCACGGGACCGUUGGGCUGUGUCCCGGCCGAAUUAGCCAUGACGGGGAGCAGGAACGGGGAAUGCGCACCCAGGCUGCAGCAGGCGGCCGCGAUAUUCAACCCAGAGCUCGUCCAAAUGCUUAAGGAGCUCAACCGCGAGAUAGGCUCCGACGUGUUCAUUGCCGCCAAUGCCUUUCGAAUGAACAUGGACUUCAUCAACAACCCCACCAAAUUCGGUUUCGUGACCUCGAAAGUGGCGUGUUGCGGACAAGGCCCCUACAACGGACUAGGGUUAUGCAACGUGGCGUCGAACCUGUGCCCAGAUCGGAAGGUGUACGCAUUCUGGGACCCGUUCCACCCUUCGGAGCGCGCGAAUCGGCUCAUAGUCGAGCAAAUCUUGAGCGGGUCCACCCAGUACAUGAGCCCCAUGAACCUGAGCACCAUCAUGGCCUUGGACUCUCGCACUUGACGGUGACGGCUCUCCGUGCAUGGAUAUAUUCGACCCAAUUACUAGUUCCAUUUUCUCAGUGUUUUGUGGAAGUCCAUUAUGCAAGAGGGUGUAUUUUCUAGCGUUUCUUCUCUUUCAUUUCUCUUUGGUUAGGGACGAAUUUGAAGUGUACUUAAAUGUGGCUGUGCUUAGCGUACUUGAAUAAUGUUGGAUCAUUGAGUCAUGUUCCUCUAGCUCCUAUAUGUCAAAUUUUUUU